GUGUUUGCUUGGAUCAAGGCAACCAGAUGAUGGUUAGAUAUGAGAGAUGAUUCUGUGGGUGGUUCUUGGGCGUGUCUCUUGUCAGGAUAACGUCUUCAAGUUAGGUAUUAUUUCUCAAUACAAGACAGGCAUAUAUACACCUUCCCUGCGAUCUCCAUUCAUACAUACUCAGCAAAGUAAAAAGACGACCGCAUUCUUGCCAUUCUUCCAUCCAUUGGUAUCUCUCAAUAGUCAACGAAAACUUCAAAAAUGCAUCCCGAUUUUGUCCACCCCUUGUCUCUCCCCCCCCAAAGAAACAAAACGCCAUCAUAACGCCCGCCAUAUAAUUCCCAUCCAUAUGCCGAUAAAAGAAACACAGCCCCCUCCAUCAUCACCCCCCCUACUCGGCCGCAAAAGAAACACUCUUCUUCUUCGUCCUCCCCGCCUUGGUACCCCUCAAAACAGCCUCCUUGACAAUCUUAUCCCCCUCCUCAUCCUCCUUUUUCGUCUUCUCCCCAUCACCCCUCUUCCUCUUCUUCCUCAUCAACUCCUUUGUCUCAUCCAACUUAGCUUUCCUCUCCUGCUCCUUCUUCUCCGCCUCUGCUUUGCGCGCCUCGCGAAUCUCCUCCAUUUGACGGGCCUUGAUUAACUUGGACUCGAUCUGGCCUUCUUUCUCGGCUUGGACUAUGGCUAGGAUUGUGGACAUUGAUUCCUACAUGUUUUUUUUUAUUAGCCCGGUGGGGGGGAGAAUAGGGAGGGGGAUUGGGGAGGGAAGGGGGGAACGCACUCUAUCAUCAACAAAAACCUUCCCCUUCUUCUUCCCUUUGGGCUUGGUCACCCCAACGGGGGUGAUCAUAUUCAGCUCUGGGAUCCCUAGCUCUUUUUCGGUGUAGACGCGGGGUUUCUUUUUGCGGUCUUGGCCGAAGUUGGGUUUGGACUUUUGUUCUUUGGGGGGGAUUUUGCCUUUGGGGGCACCCUUGCCGCCUGAGGGUUUCUUCACGCCGGAUGAAGAGGAUCGUUUUGGGCCGGAGGAGGAGGAGGAGGAGGAUUUGGAGCCGGCGGCGUGUUUGUUUUUUAUUGUUCGGGUUGGUGCCAUUGUUAUUGUCGGGGGGUUGGUGAAUUGGGGGGGGUUGGUUGGUAGGGAAUGGAUUUAUCGGUGAUGCUGGUGGUGGUGAUGAUGCGCGCAGGGCGCAAAGGUGGUCUGGAAAUUUUUGGAAUUGAGAGCAUGGGCAGGGCCUUAUCGGAGCUGGGGAAGGUUGCUUAUCGGUUUGAUGGGUGGAGAACAGGGGGGUGUUCCGGCAGGCAAAAAUGGGUGAGAAAGUGGCGGGAAGUUCGUCCGUUGGAAUUUUUGGCGGGGUUAAUUUAUCUGGGAUUUAUCUUAUCGGUUUGUUGGUCAGUCAUCGACUUGGUGUCGCCGAUUGCGCUCGCGGAAGUUGAAGGUAUUCGCGGCAACACUUGAAAGUAGGCAUUUACAAGGGUCUUUUUUCGAGUAAGAAAGUAUACAACCGAUCACAAAAUGGCUACUGCUGAACACCCUCCCCGCUGGGCCGCUUUUGCGCGCGACACCAACGAGACUAAGAUCCAGCUUUCGCUGAAUCUCGACGGCGGGCGCUUCCACCCAGACACCGACGCCCGUCUCUUCAAGGGCCAGGACCACGCCAGCCAGACGAGCAAGUCGCAGACCAUCAGCAUCAACACCGGCAUUGGUUUCUUGGACCACAUGCUUCACGCCCUGUCCAAGCAUGCGGGCUGGAGUCUGGCGCUGAACUGCAAGGGUGAUUUGCACAUCGAUGACCACCACACGGCCGAAGACGUCUGCAUCGCCCUCGGAUACGCCUUUGCCCAAGCCCUCGGCACCCCCGUCGGCAUCAAGCGCUUCGGCUUCGCCUACUGCCCCCUCGACGAGGCCCUCAGCAGAGCCGUGGUCGACAUCUCCAACAGACCGCACAGCGUUAUCGACUUGGGACUCAAGCGCGAGAAGAUUGGGGAUCUGAGCACCGAGAUGAUCCCUCACUGCAUGCAAAGCUUCGCGCAGGCGGCGCGCAUCACGCUGCAUGUGGAUGUGAUUAGGGGGGAUAAUGACCACCACAGGGCCGAGAGCGCGUUCAAGGCGCUGGCGGUGGCAAUUAGGGAGGCUAUUUCGAGGGUUGCUGGGAAGGAGGGGGAGGUGCCUAGUACUAAGGGGACGUUGAGUGUUUAAAUUCGGGUGUAUAUCAUGUUAUAAAAGCGAGCAUAAGAAAUGGAGUUUUUUGUUCUUGGUUUUGAAAGGGCUGGCAGCUGGGAACUGCGCAGACAAAGAAGGACAGGGAGGAAACCAAAAAAUGUGCAGAAACAAUAAGUAGAAUUGAACAAGAUUCUCCAUUCAAAAAAUGCCUUGAAAAAAAAAAGUCG